AGAUGAAGUCCAUUCUCGGAGUCCUCGGUCUGGUCCUGGUCCUGGUGGGGACCCAGGCCCAACACCUGUCCUGCAACCCCAAGACUCUAGGCCCAGAAGAUCUGCACCAGGCGGAGGGUGACUGGGUCUUAGUCUGGUUGGUCCAUGAUAAGACCAAACGUCCUGAGGUGGACCCGCUGCCGAAUUUUACCAGCUCUCAUGUGGAGAUCCGACUCUGGUCCAACCACAGCCUGAAAUUCCACGAGCGCAAUGUCUACGCAGGUGGGAAAUGUGCCAUGUACACCCUGAAUAUGACCCUGCCUCACAAUGGCCACCGCCUGCAAGUGGAGGGAGGGGAGGAGCACAAAGACGGAGAGGUGAAGCCGUACAAUGACACGGCUGAAGCAGAAUUCCUCCACAGUUCAGAAAACACCAUGAAAUUCCUCUAUCACAGCAACAGCCACGGGACCUUCCUGCUCAUCUACAUGAAAGAGGGACACCACAGAGAUGUGGAGGUUCUGCAGAAGCAUCAGGAGGAGCACAGGAAACUGGCCCAGUGCCUGAACCUGAGCGGGGACAACUAUGAGGAGUGGAGCUACGAUGGGACGGCUGAUUUCUGCCACAGGACGUCUGCUCCAGAAGAGAAGAAGGAGGAGGAGAAGGAGAAAACGGAGGCGUCCUGAACCAAAAUCACCCCAAAAAAAUUUAAUGUUGAGUGAAUAAAUGUCUCUGAGCUG